AUGCGAAGGGGUGAGGAGCAGAGCGGCACCAAGCAGUUGCUCUGGUUUACUCGCAAACCACCUCAGAGUUCAUCAUGGCACCUCACAGCCUCCGUACCUUUUGCUGAACCAUUUUCUUCUAAUUUUGAAUAUACACCAAGAGAACUGGUUGAUAACAUUCUGGAGGACCUGGAACUUUGCGCAGUGUUGCUGGAAGCCCAGCCCAGAGGGGGACAGGGUGACGCCGGGUUUGAAUUACGGUGCAAGUUGGGAGGCAUUUAUCUUUUUGCACGAUUUUGCCAUUCACAGCCUAAAUUUCCCCUGGCAGAGUUUAAGCCCAUGCCCCCUUGUCCUAUUGCUAACUUCUACCCAAUAUCCACGUUCUUUGCGAUCCGUUACCACUGUAACCACGUGAACACAGGCGCUCCUGCAGAAAACCAGAAAAGCUCUUUGGAAGCGAACUUCAGUGGUAACUGCUGCACCAGAGGUGCUCCCGAGGCUGAUGGCCUCUCCUGGGCUGAAAAUUAUGUUGUGGAGUCUCUGGCCGGUCCCACGAGCAGCCUGCCAGCUCCACCAGCCAAACCAAACGUCCGCAUGAGCCCUCAGGGAGGAGGACGAACCAUUUUUAUGGCAGCUGUAAAAGGUCAGACGUUUGUAAGCUACCAAGUAUAUUUUGCAGAGGAACAGAUAAGUUUUAUUGUUCUGGAAUGCUUCCUGCUCUUCCUCUUCUCCCCCAUAAAUUAUAGUUAUGCCAGAAUUUUCUCUCAUCUAUUUUUUCAGUCACAGAAUCACAGAAUUGACAGGGUUGGAAAAGACCUCAGAGAUCAUCAAGUCCAACCCUUAUCAAGUCUUUCAUCUUGUCAUCAAGUCUUGAUGAUGAUCAUCUUGAUCAUCAAGUCUUUCCAUAUUACAAAAAUUAUUUGCAAGCUUUUUACACGUCAGUUUGAAAAAGACAACCUUCCCUGCUCUCCAUUGCUGCUAUAUGUACUUACACACCAUAACGUUAAGAUCCCAUUCACGUUCUUCAGCGACAUCAUUUGGAGGGGAUGGGAUGAUGAUGAAAACUGUAAGAAACAGGCAGCUCUGGUUAAGGAACUAUUUAAAAAAACACUGGAAACAUAUGAAAUCAUGUGCUUGGAACUGAUUCAUUAUCAAAGCAGCAUUAAAGAAGGGCCAGCAGCUGGAAAAGCUGAUGAAUACUGGAAAAUGUCCUGUGCUAUACAAACUGCUGAAGAUACAGGGGACCUACAUCUCCGAUGUCUCCCUACACUCCUGGGUACCACCUACUACGUGUCUUUUCAGGACUGGACCUUCAACUUCUCGUUUGCCUUCUGUAGAACUGUUCUUAAAUUUGAAACUUUACUUUUUGCCUCUUUCCCCCCCAGUUUGCUCAAAUGUAGGAAGCGGUGCUCGCUGUUUCCCGUGUGGGUGAAAGGUUUUUCUAUGGACGCUCCAUUUCAGCAAUGCGAUAAUUUGAACUUGGCUUUAGAAAGGCAGCACCGUGGAAAUGAAGCGGCCGCUUUCCCAGGAGAAUACGAGGCUGUAAACUUACCCCUGUUAACUAAAUACAUUGUUAUUGGACUUUACUCACAAGCAGUCCUGGUUAAUGGUUCUCAGCAUAUGUUCUUAAACCAACAUGAAAUCAGGUUUAAUCUUUGUGUGCGUGAACAGGGCACUGGUGUUGAGCUGUACCCGAGAAGCACCGACACCAUAGAGAGUUACAAAAUUAAUCACUGCAAUAGUACCAGAACCAGCAAGACCUCCCAUCAUAGCCUGGGUGGCAUUAAUGUUUUUCGGUCUUUUUCAGCUUUACAGGUACAAAUCAGAAUCCUUUUUGUAAAUUAACCUGAGAAAGAGCAACUUCAUGCUAAACAGGGAGUUUCUUUAGCUAGGAUUUAACAUCAAAGUACCCCUGGUAAAACCAUUUUUAGGCAGUAUCAUAGAAUAUUAUCCAUAUACUGGAUAAUCCCUGGUAUCCUAG